AUGGCUUCCCAGUUUCAUCAGCUUCGGAUCCUGGUGUGGAAAAACUGGCUAGGUGUCAAGAGACAGCCGCUUUGGACACUGGUCUUGAUCUUGUGGCCAGUCAUCAUUUUCAUAAUUUUGGCUAUUACCCGGACCAAGUUUCCCCCACUAGCAAAACCAACUUGUUACCUCGCACCCCGAAACCUUCCGAGUGCUGGAUUCUUCCCGUUCCUCCAAACCCUCCUCUGUGACACAGACUCUAAGUGCAAAGACACACCUUAUGGGCCAAGAGAUCUUCUGCGCAGGAAGGGGAUUAACGAAUCACUAUUUAAAGACAGUGAAAUUCCAGAAAAGUCAUCCAAGCUGGAGAAGGGCAGUAAUUUAUCACUCCACAGCACCCAAGUUCCAGAAGGAAGUCACACAUCACUGGCCACCAUACCUCCCAGUCUACAUACUGACUUGGAAAGCACAGGCAUAGAGACUUUCAAUGGCAGUGAUGUGCUUGCACGAAUCCUGGUUUUGGAAAAGUUGUUGAAGCAAAAUUCAACAUCAGAAGAAAUACGAAGAAAGCUGUGUGAGAACUACCCAGGAUACACUGCAUAUUAUCCCUUCUCUUGGGUCACUAUAGGAAAAAAUAUUUUAAAUAAAUUUUGCCUUUCCAACAUGACCCUUCUAGAGUCCUUUCUCCAAGAACUAAAAUAUCAGGUCACUCAGAUGUCGAGUGACCCCCACAAUCAGAAGCUGGUAUUUCAGGAACUGGCGAAUGUCCUGUCCUUCUGCACCCAAGUGCAGGAGCAAAGGGCUGUGUGGCAGCUCCUCUCCAGCCUUCCUGAGGUGUUCCAGAACUCCACAUCGCUGGGCAACUCAUUUGAUGUUCUUCGAAAGGCAGACAGGGUACUGCUGCUGGUGCAGAAGAUUUAUCCACGAGUUCAAGCUAGCAAGGGUUUCAGCAGCCUCCAGACGUCUGUUCAACACCUGCUGAACACCCUGGACUUCCCAGCUCACGAUGUCAUUCCUGUAGGUGAUAAUGCAACACACGUGUGGAGUGAGGAUGACAGACGGAUACUGUCCCCAAGCAGCCUGGCUGCACAGCUUCUGAUCCUGGAGAACUUUGAAGAUGCCAUCUUAAACAUGUCAUCCAACAGCCCUUAUGUUCCUUACUUGACAUGCAUAAGAAAUAUGACUGAUGACUUGGCCAGGGGACCACAAGAAAAUCUCAGACUUCUUCAGUCCACAAUUCGCUUCAAAAAAUCUUUUCUUCGAAAUGGUUCCUCUGAGGACUACUUCCCUUCAUUUCCUGAAGUCCUGAAAUCAAAAUUGUCUCAGCUUCGAAACCUGACAGAACUCCUCUGCAAGUCAGAAACUUUUGGUUCCAUAGAGCAGGGGUGCCAGCUACCUAGCAACAGCUUUGUGAGCCUGUGUGAAGACCACACCUUCCAUGUGCAGCUUCUUGAAGCAGCCGAGCUGGGCACUGACAUUGUGGCCAGCUUGUUAUACCAUGACAACAUCAUAUCUGAAAAUCUGAGGGGUUUGCUGACUGGAGAUCCCAGCAAAAUGAACCUAAAUAUGGACUGGCUCCUGGAACAGAUGUUGCAAAUGAAUUCCUUGGAAAAUAUCACACGGAUAAUACCGACCGUGGAGGCCAUGCUGCAUGUUAAUGACAGUGCAGGCACUUCAGAUCACCCAGGUCAACUAAUGGAAAUGUUUAAAAACGUUGAAGCCCUGAAGGAAGAAUUGCGGGGAACUACAGGGAUGUCUAACACAAGCAUCGACAAGUUGCUAGCCCUCCCUAUUCCCGAGGACAGAGCUGAGAUUAUUUCUCAGAUAUUCUGGAUGUAUUCGUGUGAUGGCAAUAUCACUAAUGCAGAGCUGGAAGAUGUAAUGAAGAAAUUCUGUAGCCUCUCUCUUCCAGAGAGAUCCCACCAGUCUUACCUCAUUGGGCUCACUCUUUUGCACUACUUGGACAUUUACAACUUCACGUACAAGGUGUUUUUCCCUAGCAAAGAUCAAAAGCCAGUAGAAAAGAUGAUGGAACUCUUCCUAAGGCUGAAAGAGAUUCUCAAUCAGCUGGCUUCCGGCACACAUCCGCUGCUAGACAAAAUGAGAUCCCUGAGACAAAUGCAUCUGCCCAGAAGUGUUCCAUUAACACAGGCAAUGUACAAAACCAACCGCAUCAACACGCCCGUGGGCUCAUUCAGCACCAUCUCGCAAGCCCUGUGCUCCCAAGGGAUUACUACAGACUACCUAACUGCCAUGCUGCCCUCGUCCCACAAGUCCAAAGGCAACCACACCAAAGAUUUUUUAACUCACAAAUUAACUAAAAAGCAAAUUGCUGAAAAAUAUGGAAUUCCCUUAUAUGCCACACCGUUUUGCUUCUCCCUUUAUAAGGACAUUAUUAACAUGCCUGCUGGACCUGUAAUUUGGGCUUUCUUGAAACCAAUGUUGUUGGGAAAGAUUUUAUAUGCACCAUAUAACCCAGUUACACAGGCCAUUAUGGAAAAGUCCAAUGUAACUCUGAGGCAGCUGGCAGAAUUAAGAGAAAAAUCUCAAGAAUGGAUAGAUAAGUCACCAAUUUUCAUGAAUUCCUUUCAUCUGCUGAACCAGACAAUCCCCAUGCUCCAGAAUACUCUAAGAAACCCCUUUGUGCAAGUGUUUGUGAAAUUCUCCGUGGGACUCGAUGCUGUUGAGCUCCUCAAACAGAUAGAUGACCUGGACAUUCUGAGGCUGAAACUGGAGAACAACAUUGACAUCAUUGACCAGCUUAACACACUAUCUUCCCUGACGGUGAACAUUUCCUCGUGUGUAUUAUAUGACCGUAUACAGGCCGCAGACACCAUAGAUGAAAUGGAGAUCGAGGCUGAAAGGCUCUACAAAAGCAAUGAGCUCUUUGGAAGUGUUAUUUUUAAGCUUCCGUCUAACAGAAGCCAGCACCGAGGCUACGACUCUGAAAAUGUCUUUCUGCCUCCUGUUGUAAAGUACACCAUCCGCAUGAGUCUGAAGACCGCCCAGACUACCAAAAGCCUAAGAACCAAGAUUUGGGCUCCAGGACCCCACAAUUCUCCGUCACACAACCAGAUCUACAGCAGGGCUUUCAUCUACUUACAGGACAGCAUUGAAAGAGCAAUCAUUGAGUUGCAAACAGGAAGGAACUCCCAGGAAGUUGCUGUCCAGGUUCAAGCUGUUCCUUAUCCCUGCUUCAUGAAGGACAACUUUCUAACCAGUGUUUCCUACUCUCUUCCAAUUGUGCUCAUGGUUGCCUGGGUUGUAUUUAUAGCAGCUUUUGUGAAAAAGCUUGUUUAUGAGAAAGAUCUCCGGCUUCAUGAGUACAUGAAGAUGAUGGGCGUGAACUCCUGCAGCCACUUCUUUGCCUGGCUAAUAGAGAGUGUUGGAUUUCUGCUGGUGACCAUUACAUUCCUCAUCUUUAUACUCAAGUUUGGCAAUAUUCUUCCAAAAACAGACGGCUUCAUUUUAUUCCUAUACUUUUCGGACUACAGCUUCUCAGUUAUUGCCAUGAGCUACCUUAUCAGUGUCUUUUUCAACAACACCAACAUCGCAGCCCUGAUCGGAAGCCUCAUCUAUGUCAUUGCCUUUUUCCCAUUCAUUGUUCUGGUUACAGUUGAGGAUGAGCUGAGCUACGUCGUGAAAGUUUUCAUGAGCCUUCUGUCCCCAACAGCCUUCAGUUAUGCAAGCCAAUAUAUUGCACGAUAUGAGGAACAAGGCAUCGGUCUUCAGUGGGAAAAUAUGUACAAAUCUCCAGUCCAGGAUGAUACUACCUCGUUUGGCUGGUUGUGUUGUUUUAUCCUAGCUGAUUCCUUCAUUUAUUUCCUUAUUGCUUGGUAUGUCAGGAAUGUUUUCCCAGGGACAUAUGGUAUGGCAGCCCCAUGGUAUUUUCCAAUUCUUCCUUCCUACUGGAAAGAGCGAUUCGGGUGUGCAGAGGUGAAACAUGAGAAAGACAACGGCCUCAUGUUUACCAACAUCAUGAUGCAGAACACCAACCCCACUGCCAGCAAGACAAGUCCUGAAUAUAUGUUUCCCUCCAACAUUGAGCCUGAACCUAAAGACCUCCCCAUUGGAGUUGCCCUGCAUGGAGUCACCAAGAUGUAUGGCUCAAAAGUUGCUGUUGAUAACGUCAAUCUGAACUUCUAUGAAGGGCACAUUACUUCAUUGCUAGGGCCCAAUGGCGCUGGGAAAACUACAACCAUCUCCAUGCUGACUGGGCUGUUUGGUACCUCAGCAGGUACCAUUUUUGUGUAUGGAAAAGACAUCAAAACAGACCUGAACACUGUUCGAAAGAACAUGGGUGUCUGCAUGCAGCAUGACGUCUUGUUCAGUUACCUUACUACUAAGGAACACCUGCUUUUAUAUGGCUCCAUCAAAGUUCCUAGCUGGACCAAAAAGCAGCUCCACGAGGAGGUCAAAAGGACUUUAAAAGAUACUGGACUGUAUAGCCAUCGCCAUAAAAGAGUUGGAACAUUGUCGGGAGGAAUGAAGAGGAAGCUGUCUAUAUCCAUAGCUCUCAUCGGUGGAUCCAGGGUAGUAAUCUUGGAUGAGCCGUCCACUGGAGUUGACCCUUGUUCUCGUCGCAGUAUAUGGGAUGUUAUAUCCAAGAACAAAACUGCCAGAACAAUCAUUCUGUCAACACACCACUUGGAUGAAGCAGAAGUGCUGAGUGACCGCAUCGCCUUCCUGGAGCAGGGUGGGCUCCGGUGCUGUGGGUCACCGUUUUACCUCAAGGAAGCUUUUGGGGACGGGUACCACCUCACACUCACCAAGAAAAAGAGUCCAAAUCUGGACAUGAAUGCCAUAUGUGACACGGUGGCUGUGACAGCAAUGAUCCAAUCACACCUUCCCGAAGCCUACCUCAAGGAGGACAUUGGAGGAGAGCUCGUGUAUGUGCUACCCCCCUUUAACACCAAAGUAGCAGGAGCCUACCUGUCACUCCUGAGAGCGCUGGACCGGGGCAUGGGCAAGCUCAACAUUGGAUGCUACGGCAUUUCAGACACAACGGUUGAAGAGGUCUUCCUGAACUUGACAAAAGAACCACAGAAAAGUAGCAAUAUGAGCCUUGAGCACUUAACGCAAAGGAAGACUGGGAAUUCCAGUAGCAAUGGCACCUCGACUCCUGAUGAUCUGUCAGUGAGCAGCAGCAACUUCACCGACAGAGAUGACAAAGUCCUGACAAGUGGAGAGAAGCUGGAUGGCUUUGGUUUGCUGCUGAAGAAGAUCAUGGCUAUUCUUAUCAAGAGGUUCCAUCACACCCGCCGGAACUGGAAAGGUCUCAUCGCUCAGGUCAUCCUCCCGAUUGUCUUUGUAGCCACCGCCAUGGGCCUUGGAACACUGAGAGAUUCAAGCAACAGUUAUCCCGAGAUCCGGAUCUCCCCAUCACUUUAUGGGACCUCUGAGCAGACAGCCUUCUACUCGAAUUCUGACCCCAACACAAAUCCCCUGGUCUCAGCUCUAUGGAACUUUCCUGGCAUUGACAACGUGUGUCUGAAUACAAGUGAUUCGCAGUGUUUAAAACAAAACGGUUUGGGAAAAUGGAAUACAAGUGGAGAACCUAUCAAUAAUUUUGGUGUUUGCUCCUGCUCAGAAAAUGUCCAGGAAUGUCCUAAAUUUAACUAUUCUCCACCUCAUAGAAGAACUUACUCUUCUCAAGUAAUUUAUAACCUCAGUGGACACCACAUUGAAAAUUAUCUUAUAUCAACUGCAAAUCGUUUUGUUCAAAAAAGAUAUGGAGGUUGGAGUUUUGGGCUGCAUUUGACUAAUGACCUUCGUUUUGAUAUAACAGCAGUUCCUGCCAAUAGAACACUUGCUAAGGUGUGGUAUGAUCCGGAAGGCUAUCACUCCCUUCCAGCUUACCUCAACAGCCUGAACAAUUUCCUUCUGCGAGUUAACAUGUCAAAACACGAUGCUGCCCGGCAUGGGAUCAUCAUGUAUAGCCAUCCUUACCCCGGCGUGCAAGACCAGGAACAAGCCACAAUCAGCAGUCUAAUCGACAUUUUAGUGGCACUGUCCAUCCUGAUGGGCUAUUCCGUCACCACUGCCAGCUUUGUCACCUAUGUUGUCAGGGAACAUCAGACCAAGGCCAAGCAGCUGCAGCACAUUUCAGGAAUCGGUGUGACAUGCUACUGGGUGACCAAUUUCAUUUAUGACAUGGUCUUCUACUUGGUCCCGGUCUCCUUCUCCAUUGGUGUCAUUGCAAUUUUCAAGUUACCUGCCUUCUAUAGUGGAAACAAUCUAGGGGCUGUAUCUCUGCUACUUUUGCUGUUUGGCUAUGCAACAUUUUCUUGGAUGUACUUGCUGGCUGGUCUCUUCCAUGAAACAGGAAUGGCCUUCAUCACAUAUGUCUGCGUCAACCUGUUUUUUGGCAUCAAUUCCAUUGUUUCCCUGUCGGUGGUAUACUUUCUGUCCAAGGAAAAGCCCAAUGACCCGACUUUAGAACUUAUUUCUGAAACCCUCAAGCGAAUUUUCCUGAUAUUCCCUCAGUUUUGUUUUGGCUAUGGUUUGAUUGAACUGUCUCAGCAACAGGCAGUCCUGGACUUCUUAAAAGCAUAUGGCGUAGAUUAUCCAAGUGAAACUUUUGAAAUGGACAAGCUAGGUGCAAUGUUCGUGGCUUUGGUUUCUCAAGGCACCAUGUUUUUCAUACUGCGACUUUUGAUCAAUGAGUGGUUAAUAAAGAAGUUCAGACUGUUCUUCAGAAAAUUCAUUUCGUCACCUAUAAUGGAGACAAGAGAUGAAGAUGAAGAUGUGCGGGCUGAGAGGUUAAGAGUUGAGAGUGGUGCAGCCGAGUUUGACCUGGUCCAACUCCAUCAUCUCACAAAGACCUACCAACUCAUCCACAAAAAGAUUAUAGCUGUCAACAACAUCAGCCUUGGGAUACCGGCUGGAGAGUGCUUUGGCCUUCUUGGGGUAAACGGAGCCGGGAAGACCACAAUAUUCAAGAUGCUGACUGGAGACAUCAUUCCAUCCAGUGGAAACAUUCUGAUCCGAAAUAAAACUGGAUCCCUGGGUCAUGUGGAUUCUCACAGCUCAUUGGUAGGCUACUGCCCUCAGGAGGACGCUUUAGAUGACCUGGUGACUGUGGAAGAGCAUUUGUACUUCUAUGCAAGAGUGCACGGGAUUCCAGAGAAAGAUAUUAAAGAAACUGUUCAUAAACUCCUCAGGAGACUUCACUUGAUGCCCUACAAGGACAGAGCCACCUCCAUGUGCAGCUAUGGCACAAAGAGAAAGCUGUCCACUGCCCUGGCCUUGAUAGGGAAGCCAUCUAUCCUCCUGCUGGAUGAACCAAGCUCUGGAAUGGAUCCUAAGUCAAAGAGACAUCUCUGGAAGAUCAUCUCAGAAGAAGUUCAGAACAAAUGUUCUGUCAUACUCACAUCCCACAGCAUGGAAGAAUGUGAAGCCCUCUGUACCAGGCUAGCCAUUAUGGUGAAUGGAAAGUUCCAGUGCAUUGGAUCUUUGCAACACAUAAAGAGCAGGUUUGGACGUGGAUUUACUGUCAAGGUUCACUUGAAAAAUAACAAAGUGAGCAUGGAGACCCUCACAAGAUUCAUGCAGUUGCACUUUCCAAAAACAUACUUAAAAGAUCAGCACCUUAGCAUGCUGGAGUAUCAUGUACCCGUCACAGCAGGAGGAGUAGCAAACAUUUUUGAUUUGCUAGAAACCAACAAGACUGCUUUAAAUAUCACAAAUUUCCUUGUGAGUCAGACCACUCUAGAAGAGGUUUUCAUCAACUUUGCUAAAGACCAAAAAUCCUAUGAAAAUGCUGAUACCAGUAGCCAAGGGUCCACCAUCAGCAUAGACUCACAGGAUGACCGGAUAGAAUCUUAGCACCUGCAGCAAGUUCAAGUUCAGCCAAUGAUGUUGAAGAAGACACAGCUUCCUAACACCUCUUCAUCUUCAAGGGUUGUACUGUAUGACGGCUACCCCUGCGUUCGACUUCCAUGUUGUUGUAACGGACGCCAGCGAAUGCCACUGCUACCAAGAUGGGUCCCGUGUGUUCGGCACUGUGAGCAUGCUGUGUACACUGGUGAUUCCUAGGCCAAAGGCGAAACCACCUCACGAUGCAUGUCUUAAUUUAUUACUUUCAAUAAAAAGACCAAAUAAAAGGCAUGGAUAUUAGUAGUUGAAAAGUAAGAUCAGAGAAGAAAAGUAAGGUGGCUUGGGGGAAAUAGGAUGGGUGGGUGAUGAACCAAAAUAACUUAUUUUUAGAAAAUAAUAUGAAUACAUGAACUACUGGGAUAUGUAGAGUUCUGUGGUCUGGACUAACAAUGACAGGAGAGAGUGGGGACAAUGUGUUCAGGGGCGUGCAUGUCAUUUUAAGUACCUAUGAGUACACAGGGACAUCACUGAACCCUUUAAAAGUCCCUUUCUAUAAGAAUGCAGUAGAGAGUGAAGUUUACCCUGGUGGUAAACAGAAUUUGGACUUCUUUCUGCCAUACCUGGCGAAUAUUAAGGCACAGGAAGAAGCAAAAAGUGUCUUGGUCGUCAGGGGGAAGUGGAUGUGUCAG